CACCAGUUUGUCAGCGGCGCCGCUCUCGCGCGCAUGAUCGCCGCGCGCGCAAACGUAUCUUCCGUGUGUGCCCGUGCACAUAACAUUCUUAGAUACACUGUAAACAUAUACACGCGUAUGUCACAUCCGUCUCCGUAAAAGCCGGCGGACGGUGAGACGCUGAGAAAGCGGAGCGCGAAGGCGGAAAGGUCGGGGCCGGAAUCGUGCCAGGAGAGCGGACUCUCGUGGUCCGGUCGUGGCAGCUCGAGCAGCCACGACGCCGUUGCCCGCGCGAGUGGUGCGCGUCCAACGAUCGAUUCGGAGCCUAGCAGCCAACAGAACGGAGCUGUCAUCACAGCGACUACUCCACAUGUGGAUAUCGCCAUCCCAACUUAGGAUCGGUCGGGCACCCAGGAAAAAGACACAGCCUUAAGCUGAUAGCUGCGCCAUCAGCUGCUACGACCGGUGAAAGAUGGAGAACACUGAUGGAUCUAGAAGAAAGCUCUCUUUCCUCGGCUUCGGCAAACGGAUCGAUGGACAUGGCGCGGAGAUGGGACCGGAGCUCGACGAGGAGAUGGAAAAGGUCUUCGCGAUGGACACCGCAGAGAAAUUCGACGUAGCCCGGCUCGGUUCGCCCUCGGAAUCGACUGGAUCGGAUCGAGAUCGCGAUCGCGGACCGCCGCGAUAUGGCGAUCGCGAUGUCAAUCAACACCGAAAAAGAAGUUACCCUCAUCCGCACAUGCCCCUAAAAAGUUUGCAUUCCAGAUCUAUGCGUCGACAUUUUUCACCUGAAGGCUCGACGGAACCAUCCGAGAAGGACUACAGCAAUGGUCAAGCGAAGAGUAAUGAAGUCCAGGAGGUCGAUGGAACGAAUCAAAACGGAUUGCAACUUCCCAUCGCACCUGAUCAAACCGAAAUCGAAGGCGAUGAAGAGACAGCGGAGGAAACUGAAAACAUAAUUAGUAGCGAGAGCGAGGCACCAAUCUCAGAGAGAGCAGCUUCCGGUUUCAGCGACAGCCCGACCGUCGGUAGUCCGAGGGUGCAGUUCGAGAAAAUCAAGGAAGAAGAUGGACCCAGCACACAAAUGGAAGUACAGACAGAUGAUGCUUUGAGUGGCCUCCACGAAGAGGAUCGAAAGUGCCGACGACAUCAAAAACAUGAACAUAAACGUCAUCACCACAAAUCUCGCAAGUAUUCCCUACAGGAGGACCCACAAUGGCGGAAACGAUCAGGAGCCGGUCUAUUAGAUAUCUCGAGUUUACUGACUCGACGCGUCAGUGUUCAGCCAGAGGAGGCGAGCACCUUGCAAGAGCUUGACAUCGAUGACUUGGAAUCACAUCGUAGUGAUGAUCCGCGCGGUAUGCGCCGACAUAAAGCCGCCCACUCUAUAGUGCAGAUUGGCCGACGUAAAGAGGGUGGUAUCCCUCUCGAUACUUUUAAAAAGAUGUACGAUCACUCGCCGCAUCAGGUAUUCGUUCAAUUGGAUGAGUUACAUGGCUUAGGCGAGGAACGUGAAUGGCGUGAGACUGCCAGAUGGAUCAAGUACGAGGAAGACGUCGAAGAGGGUGCCGACAGAUGGGGCAGACCUCACGUGGCCUCUCUCAGUUUUCAUUCGCUGCUAAAUCUUCGUCGUUGUUUAGAGACCGGUGUAGUCCUUCUCGAUCUGGAGGAAAAGGACUUGCCUGGACUGGCCUAUAGAAUAGUCGAGCAGAUGGUCGUCGAGGAGCUGAUCCUGGCCGAUGACAGACCAGUCGUGAUGAGAGCGCUGUUGCUUAGGCACAGACAUGUGCAUGAACACGAACGCGGUUUCCGAUUUGGCGGCAAGAGGAGUUAUUCCAGUUACACCAGUCUUCAGUCCAUCUGGCUGGAGGAAGAAGAUGCUGCGCGGGAAGCCGCUGAGAACCAUGUAACUCAACAUAAUCUGCACGACGCGAAGCCGAAGAUCAUAUCAUCGAAUCUGGCACUCGACAGUAAUCACACCACAGUCGAUAUAAAGGAGGAGCUAACAUAUAUGAGUAGUAGCGAAGACCUAAAGAAGAGUCACAAUGACUACAUUCUGAAGAGGAUCCCAGCUGGUGCCGAGGCGAUAGUUGUUCUCGUCGGCGCUGUCGAUUUUCUGGAUCAGCCGACAAUAGCUUUCGUGCGUUUGGCCGAGGGUGUACUGAUGCCGUCCAUUACGGAGGUUACAAUACCAGUCAGAUUUAUGUUCACUUUGCUGGGGCCAAGAAAUGCAGACCUGGAUUACCAUGAGAUUGGUCGAUCCAUUUCCACGCUAAUGGCGAACACAUCGUUUCACAAGGUUGCUUAUAAAGCGACCGAAAGACGAGAGCUAUUAUCAGCCAUCAACGAGUUUUUGGAUGAUUCGAUAGUAUUGCCACCCGGUGACUGGGAGAGACAGGCCUUAUUGCCAUUCAAUGAGCUUAAGGCGAAAAGCGAGGCUAUUAGAAAAAGAAAAGCCAAAGCGCUCGAGGAGAAGAGCAAACCAGUGCAAAGCGAAGCAGCUAUAAAGAAAGCUCUUUUAGCCGGCGAAGAGGAAAAGAGACCACUGGAUCCAUUGCGACGUACCAAACGACCAUUUGGUGGCCUCAUCAACGACAUCAAACGUCGCUAUCCUUUUUACUUGUCCGACUUUACGGAUGGGAUGAACUCUUCUUGUCUCGCGGCGGCCAUCUUCAUGUAUUUCGCCGCGUUAUGCACUGCUAUUACUUUUGGCGGUUUAAUGAGCGAUAAGACGCAAAAUAUGAUUGGCAUUUCUGAAACCUUGAUUUCUUGCUCAUGGACGGGCGUGGUGAUGGCUUUGUUUGCAACUCAACCGCUGGUGAUUAUCGGCACGACUGGCCCGCUAUUGCUCUUCGACGAGAGCUUGUACAAUUUUUGCCUGGCGAACGAUCUUGAAUUCCUUACUGUACGGGUAUAUGUUGGCGUUUGGAUGGCUAUUAUUGCCGCGAUAGUUGCCUGCGUCGAAGGUUCGGUCCUUGUGCGGCUCUUCACACGUUUUACCGAAGAGAUUUUCACCGGAUUGAUCUCCAUUCUCUAUAUCGUUGAGACAUUCGUCAAGCUUUACAAUUACUUCGUGCGUAAUCCACUCCUCUACGAGUACAGCUUCGGACCAGAUACCAACAACACCAUCUAUCCGCUCUAUGUCGUCGAAAUGCGGGUAACUAAUUUGCUGAAUGAGACCGGAGAAAGCUUGCACUUGGAAAAUGCCCGCGAAUUGAUACCGAGUCGCGACAUCGCUGGAUUGAUCAAUCAGCCCAACACGGCUCUGAUGUGCACUAUUCUUUGCCUCGGUACCUUUCUAGGCGCCUACUACUUAAGAAUCUUCCGUAACAGUCAUUAUUUGGGUCGUAGUGCCCGACGAGCCUUUGGAGAUUUCGGCGUGCCCAUCAGCAUCAUUAUCUUCGUUUUAAUCGACUACUUGACUAUGGUAAAGACAGAGAAGUUGCUUGUUCCCGAAGGUCUCACCCCAACCAUGCCUAACAGAAAUUGGUUCAUUUCUCCAACCGGCUUUGUAAAACCUAUUCCAGUCUGGAUGAUUUUUGCUUGCGUCGUGCCAGCUUUGCUGGUUUAUAUUCUAGUGUUUAUGGAGACUCAAAUAUCAGAAUUAAUCAUCGACAAAAAGGAACGCAAACUACGUAAGGGCAACGGUUAUCACAUGGAUAUUGUAGUAGUUUGCUUGAUGAAUAUGGGAUGCGGUCUGAUAGGUGCACCUUGGUGCUGCGCCGCGUCGGUGCGUUCCCUCACUCAUGUAUCUGCCGUAACCGUGAUGUCGCGCACCCACGCGCCCGGUGAGAAACCGCACAUUGUCGAGGUGAAAGAACAGCGGGUGAGCGCUCUUCUGGUCGCGAUACUGGUAGGCGUAAGCGUACUGAUGGCGCCGCUUUUACGUCGGGUGCCGAUGUCCGUCCUACUGGGUGUAUUCCUCUACAUGGGCAUCUCGUCAAUGAACGGCGUACAGCUGUUCGAUCGCGUCAAGCUGUUUUUCAUGCCAGUCAAGCAUCACGGCACAGCAAACUAUGUGCGGCGCGUGCAAACCUAUAAGAUGCACGUCUUCACCCUCAUACAGAUCCUGUGCCUGGCCGUGCUGUGGAUUGUCAAGAGUACAAGGGCUGCCCUGGCUCUACCCUUCUUCCUCAUUUUAAUGAUGCCGUUGCGCGCUCAGAUGAGCCAUUUCUUUACCGCGGCGGAAUUGCGUGCUCUUGAUAGCAAAGGAUCCGACCACGAGGUCGAAGACGAGCUCGACUUUUACGAGGAGGCUCCGUUACCUGGUUAGACUGUGCCUUAUCGACAUGUCUCUCUCUCUCAUACUCGUUCUCUAAAUUCGUCUAUCUUUUCAAAACUAUUUACUGAUAUACCUGCCUCAUACAUCAGGGUCUCCUAAAACGUCUAGUGCCAGUCGGAGAGUACAGAGUUCUAUUUUCAUCAGAUGUUGAGAUGUAUAAUGUUCUAAUAUUGGGUUUAUCGAUAGAAAGAUGAAAAGUGAUAUCCAAUGUAUUUUAGAUAAAUGAGAUUAGCUUCGAGAAAAUCGACAAUUGCCAGAGAUUGUCGGACUUUAUUUGUGGAUUCUCGGUUGCACAAAUCUUUCCGCAGAUUUUGUAAACUGUUUCUAGUUUCUUUGUUCUUUGAGAUACUUACUUCCGCAGAUUUUUAGCCUUUCAUAUAUCCUUAAUUAUACAUAAAACUAUGAGAUUUUUAGCCUUUCAUAUAUCCUUAAUUAUACAUAAAACUAUGAGCUUCUAAUGAAUUUUUGUUCGCGCAUAUAACAUUGCAAAUCUUUAAACUUUCAAAUUUUAGUUUUAUAGAUUUUAGUUUUAGAGUUUCAAGGAAUAUAGCAUUUUUAUUCCACGAUUCUUCAAAUUUCUAGAUACACGAAUAUUCAAUAACAUUUUUCAAUAGCUACUUUGAUUACAUCUAUAUUUAUGCAAUUAUUUUCUAUCAUAAAGCUGUGUAUAAAUAGCAUAGUUUCAUUACAUUACCGUAUACAUUAAAGCGAUUAAAUUAUAUUCGUGUAUACAUCUAAUGAAUGCUAAGAUAUGUUUACGUUCUUGAAACGGAAAGCCUCUGAGUGCCUCAAGUUUGAUCGUUCGACGAUACAAUGCUCAGGAAAAGUUAAUGUAAUGGCACAUAGAAAUAGUGCCAAAUGCGUUACGAAAAUGCGAAAUGCGUUACGGGAAUAACAGUUUGGCUAGAUGAUGUGAUCGCCGAAAGAUAAUCAUAAUUCUUACAAAUAUCUUUCCUUCCUCUUUCUCUCUUCCAUGUAGACAAUUCUUUAAUUAUUGAAUUCUACAUCAAACAAUUUACAAUUCUUAAUAUCUUAGAUUCUUAGAUUUCGUGCGAUGCACAACAUUUUUGUCUUAUAUUUCUUCUUCAUAAUUGCUUCGCAAUUUCUUAGUUUUACAAAUAGCAGAUUCUCUCAAUUCCACGAAUAAUGAAUUUCAUAUUAAUAUCUUAUAUAUAAUCCGAUUAAUUCCAUUAUUUCUGCAAACUUUUCCACAUUCGCACAUCCUUAAAUACAUUUCAAUUUUUGAUUCCUAUUUACAUAUAUACAUAUAUAUACACUAUCUUUAAAUACACAAGUACUUAUAUACAUAUGUACCUGCAUAUUAUUAUGCACGCGCGUACAAGUAUACACACAUAUACACACGCAAAUUCAUUGACUUGCACAGGUACUUUUGCGAGAAGAUACUCAAAGAUAGGCGAGAAAUUUCCUUACACACAUAUAUAUAUAUAUAUAUAUAUAUAUAUAUAUAUAUAUAUAUACAUAUUUUUAUAUUUAGACACGCAUUUACAUAUUCAGAUUUUCAAUUCCAUAAAUCUUUGCACGGCAUAGAUCUUCCGUUAGAUUUAUGGAUUUUUCAAUGAAUAUACGAGUCCUGCAGAUCAUCGAAAUUACAGUGUUUCUAUUUCAUCUAAUUUCUAAUGCGUUGCGCACGAAUCUCAUUAAAUAUAUGAAUAAAUUCAUAAAAAUAUUAAGUUCAUAAAUUCAUAAAAAUAUUAAGUUAUUAAAUAUAUUAAGUUGACAUUUCACGAGUUUCUAAUGAAUUUUUGUUCACGUACAUAAUGUCGUGAAUAUUUAAACUUUUGUCAAAAAUCAUGAUUUUAGAGUUUUAAUUUUAAAGAAUACAGUAUUUUUAUUCCAUAUUCGCGUUAUUCAUUAUGUAUUAUGAUUUUAAACCAUUGUUACGUUUAAAAUUCAAAAGAAGUGUGCGCGUGCUUCCAACAAAUUAAACAAUCGAUAAUGCUAAAUAAUUGAGCGAUCCGAAGCCUAUAAUAAGGAAUAAGGCUGGUGAGAGAAGUAGAAGGCUAUAGUUAAUUGAAUAAACUAUUUUCAACUAAAAGAUAUAUAUGUAUAUAGAGAUGUAUUGUAUUUUCAUUCUCUUUAGAAUAUAUGUUAUUAAAUCUCUAUAAAGUCGCUUAUAUCAGAUAUAUUGAUUGUUAAUUAAUAGUAGGAUAGAGAGGUCCAGAAAUAGGAGAAAACGGAAACCCUGAUACUCUCUUAAUCAUUGUGAUAGCAAGCAGAAAUGCUCGAAAACCAAGACGAUAUCUUAGCACUUUAAUGUUGAUAACAAGUUUGUAAUGCAGAUUUUAAUUAGUGAUGACAUUUAAUCGAUCAUCGUAAAUAUUGAUGCACACAUGUACAUGCAAACAUAUACACAUCUGCAUGAGUUACUAUUACAUGGUAUUAUAAUGUAACGAAGAUGAAUUGUUGGAACGAUAGAGCAAUUGUAAAUAAUCUAAUUAAUGUACAGUCUUAAAAAAAGAGAAGAAAAAAGUAAUAAUUAGCAAUAGGCUCUUAGUAACUAAUUUACCUCUUGAAUUUUAGCGACUAAAGGAAUAAAAUAUAUUUUAAUUGCA